AUGCUGGGGACCGUAGUGAUUGACGGCAGGGCGAUUGCCGCGGCGGUGCGGGGGGAGGUAAAGGCGGAGGUGGAUGCACUUUGGGCGAGGUACGGCAAACGGCCGGGGUUCGCGGCCAUCAUUUGCGGCGAGAGAGGGGAUUCCCAGACGUACGUGCGGCUGAAGAAGGCGGCGGCGGAGGAGUGCGGGUUUGCCACCUUCGACGCCCACCUCCCUGGGGACGCGACGGAGAAGGAACUCCAAGCGGAGGUUGAGAAAUUCAACAAUAACGCGGACUGCCACGGCAUUUUGGUGCAGCUGCCGCUUCCAGGCCAUAUCAAUCAAAACGCCGUGCUGGAGAUGAUUGCUCCCGAGAAGGACGUCGAUGCGCUGCUUCCCGUCAACGUGGGGCUGUUGCACUUCAAGGGGCGCGAGCCGCCCUUUUUACCGUGCACUGCCGCCGCCGUGAUUGAGCUACUCAGGCAGAGUGACGUGGCUAUCGCGGGGAAACGCGCGGUGGUGCUUGGGCACAGCAACAUUGUGGGUGCCCCGGUUGCCGCACUACUCACGGCAAACAACGCGACUGUUACGAUCGUCCACUCCGCUACGCCGCUUGCGGACCUGAUAGACAUCGUCAAGUCGUCUGCUAUCGUUGUGGCGGCCAUGGGGAGGCCGGCGUUUGUGCGCGGCGAGUGGAUCAGGGAGGGCGCCGCAGUGAUCGAUGUGGGCACGACCCCCGUGGACGAUCCCACGAGGAAGGCAGGGUUCAGGCUCGUCGGAGACGUCUGCUUUGAGGAGGCGAAGGGGCGUGCCGGCUGGAUCACCCCCGUGCCUGGCGGCGUUGGCCCCAUGACGAUUGUCAUGCUGCUGAAGAACACACUCGCAGGCUUCAGGCGGAGCCUUUUCGCCCACCUGCGGGGUGACGGACAGAAGUGA